UGUUUCAUUAUCUUUCUUUGAGGACAGGUACAUUUGAUAACAACUUCGUUUUCCAUAGGCGGAACUAGAAUCUCACAAGGCAAUUAAAGGCAUAGAGAAAUUAAAAAUGUCAGGGGUAUCAUUAGCUGUGGCUCCUCGUUCAGAGCCAGAUCAUGAGACAACAUCUUCCUCAACAAAACCUCAGCAAAUUAAGGAACGAAAUCCGCAGCAACAAGCUGUGGGUGUAAUGGGAUCACUUCGAGUAAUUGAGCUGCAAUUAGUCGCUUUCAUUAUGGUUUUCUCUGCCAGUGGUUUUGUACCUUUACUUGAUCUUAUUUUCCCAGCUCUUGCAUCUGCAUAUCUUUUACUCCUUUCACGAUUCGCCUUUCCAUCUCUAGGCAGAACUUCAACUUCUCAAGAAAUAUUUCAGGGCACUAAAUUUUUUCGUCUUUAUAUGGUUGCUGGCACUACUGUUGGAUUGUUCUUGCCAUUGGCAUAUGUUUUGGGUGGAUUUGCGAGGGGAGAUGAGCAUGCGGUCCACUCUGCCACGCCUCAUUUGUUCUUGCUCUCUUUUCAAAUUCUAACUGAGAAUAUUAUUAGUGGAUUGUCCCUCUUUUCUCCUCCAGUUAGAGCGCUUGUUCCACUUCUUUAUACAGUUCGGAGGAUCUUUGUCUUAAUUGAUUGGAUACAACAUGUGUGGAUCAACAAGACUUUGCCCGCCAACGCACAUUUCAAGGAUGUGGCAUGGUAUUGGUUUGCGAAGGGGCUGGCAGUGGGUAAUCUGGUGUACUUUUCAAUCAAUCUGUUUGGUUUCUUGAUUCCGCAGUUUCUGCCACGGGCUUUCGAGAAGUACUUCAGGGACAGGAAUGAGGUUCAUGCUAAGUUAGCUGAAGAUAAGCAAUCCCAAGUUAUGAACAGAGCAAAACAUACAGAUAAAAAGGCAGAUUAGCCAAAACGUGCAAUGUUUUUGAUUUCAUUAUUAUCUGGGUAAUAGACUAUUUUUAUUUCUGUUUUGUGUUGUGUUAUAUUUUAGUCAUGCACGGAAAACGUUUUUGUUUGAUGCUCA